GAGAGAGAGAGAGAGAGAGAGAGAGAGAGAGAGAGGAGGUGAAUGGUUCAGAAAGUGAAGGAAUAGAAAGAAAAAGAGUGAAGCACAGCAAGAGGGGAAAACUGUUAAGACUAAAAACUCGGAGUGAGUACAUUUUCCAUCCUGCAACCAGCUUCCCUGGAUCAACAUCUUGCCAGCAGUGCCACGUGCUCGUCACACACACUAGCACACACACACUGCCAAAUGGGGGUUUGCACCUGCAUCCUGGAAUUGCUCUCAUCUCUGGAUGUACCACUGUGGUCAUAACACUCUCGUUUGCAUUUGUGUAAGUGUGUGUGAGCAUGGGAGGUGCGGAGUUUGCCGUCGUAAUAUGGAUCUUAUCAGUUUAACUGUGGAACGCUUUAAUGGAUGGAGUGGAUUAAGGAAAUAUGAGGAGAUUUCGGCAAGUUGCACAGAAGCCUCGUCUGGAAUUUUUCCGCUCUUUGGGAUAGAACGGAAACAUCUUCAUCUUGACUUAUAGUGUAAAAAGCUUUAUCUGUAGUGGUCUAAUUCUUAAUUUUCUGCUUUGAAAAAUCUAAAUGGAUCUUUCGUGAUUUCUUAUUAGUCCUUGUGAGAAUUGUGCUUUUGUGUGCGAGCUCUUGCACACUCCUGUGUGUGUUUAUGUGUAAUGCUGUCAGGAGGUCAAGUGCCAUUGGUGAUGCCCGCUGUGUGCCCGCGUGUAGGGGGUAAGGAAUGGUGUUUUCAGGAUGCGGUAGGGGUGGACUGCAGCUCUCCAGAGCCUCGCUGUAUCUGGGUUGCUGUGUUACAUGGGGAUACACCACAAAUAAAUGUUUCGCACCUCCAAACUGAAACUUCUGAAAGCACAAAUGGCAUCAGUGGCGGGAAAGUCCUCCCAUUAAUCUGCAGGGCAAAGGGGCGGAGAGAUAGAAUCUCUUCUUCCGGUGAGAACCCUCGUCCAGUGGUCAGGGGUGCCGCGGCUGAUGGGUUGGGCAUGUCCUGGCAGGGUCCACGUACACUGUUGCUCCACAAGAACUCUCAGGGCUUUGGUUUCACGCUACGCCAUUUCAUCGUUUACCCGCCGGAGUCCGCUCUACACACCAGUCUCAAGGACGAGGAGAACGGGAAUGGAAAGGGGCUUCAUCAGAGUCGCUUGGACCCCAUGGACACCAUCUUCGUUAAGAAUGUGAGGGAGAAAGGCCCUGCCCACCAGGCCGGUUUGUGUACAGGAGACAGGCUGGUAAAAGUGAAUGGAGAGAGUGUGCUGGGUAAGACAUACUCACAGGUCAUUGCACUGAUUCAAAACAGUGAGAGUGUACUGGAGCUCUCAAUAAUGCCAAAGGAUGAGGACGUGCUGCAGCUGGCAUACUCCCAUGAUGCCUACCUAAGAGGGAACAAUCCAUACACAGGACAGGCCCAUAAUCUUCCACCACCACCCCCACUCCUCUACCCUCCACGUACAAAAUCACAGCCUCCAGGAGGGUACUCCCCCUGCCCUGCCCCAGCCUCCUCACACAUGGGCCAAAACCAACUGGACAACUGGAGCCACUGGCCCGGCUCCUUCUCUAGUCCCUCUCCGCCACUUGACAACCGAACAGUUCCUUCCAGCACUGUCUGGGCAACCGAGGAAAGGAAUUGUGAGCCAGGGGGUGUUGGUCACAGUAGCCCUGCACACCGAACUGAGGAGAUCCAGUAUGGAAUGACCGACAGGGGGCAACAGCCAACUGGACAAAUAAGAGGACACUCUUACUUGUCUUCUUCCUCCUCAGGAGGGAUGUUGAGUCCAAUGCAUCAUGCAAAUUUUUCCAACCACAAUGUGGGUACUGCCAUGGGGCACACUGUAGGUCGCAAGGGGAGCCAACCCUGGGCCAGCCCUUCUCAGCCAACAUCAACAACACCUACAAGCCGAAGCGAACACACCCAACAAGCCCUUUCCAACUGGUACUACAGUCAAGUUCCAGGUCGUGAGCUAGAGCGGGAGAGAUCUAGUUCUCGCUCCAUGCACCCUCGGCAACGGAGUUUCUCACAGGAUCGUCUAGGUGAGCUAGAGAGGUCCAGGCGUUCUCAACAUACAGGCUUUCCCCACAGUGCAUCACAAGACACUUUGUUGCUUCUUAAGCAGCAGAGCUCUGUAGCAAAUACUGACCCCUACUGGGGCCAUGGAGACUGGCGGGGUGAGCAUGCAUAUGGACAGCACCCACCUUCGGUGGCCUACAGGCACAAAUCCUCUGAAAACCUUCUCGAAAGCCUGUACGGGCACUCAGGACGUUCACUGGAAACUCUAGACCGAGCUGUGGGGGUGCACUCACCGCGGCUAGAAAGAUCUGCAAGGGUCCAGCAGCCGCCAAAGAGGACUGAAGGCUAUCUGAGGCACGGUGGAAAUUUCGGGACCGCGCAAUUCCAACACAUAGAAUUUCCCAACCAAUUUCAACACCACACUUCCCAACACCAUCAACACACACCUCAAAACCCCACACAUACAGCAAAACACACGCACCAACAUGCAUCUCAGAUGCCACAACCUCAACAGGCAGCUUCAAAUACAAGACGUUUGCCCUCUUGCCAGAGUCUAGAUGAAGAGCCGAUUGGCUACCGUAGCUAUAGCCCCUCUUUCAAUCGCAAGACUGGCCGCAUCCUGCAGCAAGCUCAGUCAUUUAGAGACCCCUCUUAUACAGGUCCACACCUCAGCUGGACCCCUACACCCAAGACCAGUCCUCCAGAAGGGCUUCCCCUUUCAGGGACUACACCCUCUGUGGCCCCACCAGCCACCUCCACUACAACUGCCAUUCCCACUCCCCCUGAAGGACAAGACAGAGCUUAUCGACCCACGAAUCAUGAUAGAGCGGCCGAGGAAGCCACAGUUGAAGUCCAGUCACUGACACAGGAAGUGGUUCUUAGGCAAAAGCCACCCACUGGCCGCAGGGGUGCGAAUGCGCUCCGGCAUCCACAUUACGGCAUAGCUCUUGACUCCAGUGACCCUCUACUCUUUACCAGUGAACCUACAGACCCCCUUGCCAAAUCUGAUAGCACUGUUUCACAUCGCCGCACAAAUGGUAACCUACCACCACUGAGCAUAGACAAUGACUCUCUCGCAUCGAUUCCAUUUAUAGAUGAACCGACCAGUCCAAGUGCAGAUUUGCGGGCGCGUCAUGUCCCCGCCUCCUCCGUUGUGUCCAGUGGCGGUCUUAAGUCCGCCCCUGCAAUGGCCACAAACCCCGCCUCCCCAACCUUCACCUUUCCCUUCAAACGCCUUUUCUCCCACGACUGCAGUGAUGCCAAGUCUAAGCGUCGGUCCUCUUACCUGUUGGCUAUUACCACUGAACGCUCCAAGUCAUGUGAUGAGGGUCUUAAUGCAUAUAGAGAUGAGGGCCGAGUCUUCUCGAGGCUUCCAAAAAGAGUCAAGAGUUUCUUUACUGAAGGGUCUCUGGACAGUCUGGGUCCAGCUUUGGAGGUCCUCUCUAAACGGCACUCUACCUCUGAGCUGGGCAGCAUCACAUACAGUGACGUAAAAAGAGAGGGCUGGCUCCACUUUAAACAGAUUCACACAGAGAAGGGCAAGAAGGUGGGUAGUGCCAUCUGGCCUUGGAGAAGGGUCUUCUCAGUGCUUCGAUCCCAUUCACUUUUCCUCUACAAAGACAAGCGAGAGGCGGUGCUCAAAGGGGCGGUGCUGGGAAGCGGGGCUGAGGAUGAGCUGCCAAUCACCAUCCGAGGUUGCCUUGUGGACAUAGCAUACAGUGAAACAAAGCAUAAGAACACACUAAGGUUGAACACGCAGGACUUCUGUGAAUACCUGCUGCAGGCUGAGGACAGAGAGGACAUGCUGGAGUGGAUCAAAGUCAUCAGAGAGAACAGCAAGACUGACAAUGAGGAAUUGGGUUUCUCACGACAGGCUCUCAUCAGUAAGAAGCUGAAUGACUACAGGAAGCAAAGUCCAACAGGUAAUAAACCAGACUCCUCACCCAGAGUGCCUCGAAUGGCGUUUCUGCUUAGUAAACAAGACAACAGCAGUGCACCUCAACGCUCACCAAAACAUGAAGCCAAAGAUGAGAGUAGUCCCCCUAAGUCCCCAUGGGGCAUACACAUAAUGAAGAAAACCAAGAAGGUGGGUCCUAAAGUUUUUGGGGUACGGCUAGAAGACUGCCAGCCAGCUACCAAUAACAAGUUCAUUCCCCAGAUUGUGGAGAUCUGCUGCGGGUUGGUGGAGGACAUGGGACUUGAGUAUACAGGGAUCUACAGAGUGCCAGGAAACAAUGCUGUAGUGUCCAGUCUGCAAGAACAUCUCAACAAAGGAGGUGAUAUCAACAUUGCUGAGGAGAAAUGGCAGGACUUGAAUGUGGUCAGCAGCUUGCUAAAGUCUUUCUUUCGCAAACUUCCAGAACCUCUCUUCACAGAUGACAAAUACAUUGACUUUAUUGAGGCCAAUCGGAUGGAUAAUGUCAGUGAUAGACUUAGGACAAUGAAGAAACUGAUUCGUGAUCUACCAGAUCAUUACUUCCACACUUUAAAGUUUGUAGUUGGACACCUAAAAACUGUGGCAGACCACGCUGAAAAAAACAAGAUGGAGCCACGUAAUUUGGCACUGGUGUUUGGCCCUACUCUUGUCCGAACCUCUGAAGACAACAUGACAGACAUGGUCACCCACAUGCCUGACCGCUAUAAGAUUAUGGAGACACUCAUUCAACAUUAUAUCUGGUUUUUCAGUGAAGAACAUGAAAAGGAUGAAAAGACGCCAGUGGACACAGAGGAUGUUCAACCUGCCCCCAACAUAGAUCACCUCCUCUCUAAUAUUGGCCGGACAGGCCUGCUAGGCGAGGCGUCAGACUCAGCCAACAGUGAUUCUGCAAAAUCAAAGGGGUCAUGGGGAUCAAAACGUGACUUUACUGCCAAGGAUAUUUUAACAUUGUCCAUUAUGUCAGCUGUGACCAGAAAAUGCAGAAAACGGCGUAACGCCCGCCUCCUGGGCAGUAGCACUGAUGACGAUUCUGAGCAUGAGCCCAUUAAAUCUUGUUUCUCUAAAAAAGAUGACUUGCAAGAGAUGGGGCAAGUGGCAUCCUGUGCCCCAAGAGCAGAGGAAGAAGUAGAUGUGGAAGAAGAUGAGGAGGAUGAGGAGGAAGAAGGAGAAAGACAGACAGCACAAGAGCAGAAAGAGGUUGAAGUAGUUCCAAGCAGUUCCUCCAUGGAAGAAGCCCCACAAGAGGUGCUGCUAGAUGAGGAAGAAGAGCAAAGGUCAGAAGUGAAGGGUCGCAGUUGGCGAGGAGACGACGCACGUUCCAUUGUGUCAGGGUACUCGACUCUGUCUACAUUGGGACGGAGCUUAGCAUCAGUGGGGCGGGGUGAUGAUGCCGAUGAUGAGCACAGUGAACUGGUGAGUGAAACCGAUAAUGAAAGUGGCUUCGCCUCACGCUCCCUCACCCAGGAGCGGCCGGAGAAACCAGCCCGUUCCACCCAAAACUCGCAGACGUCACCUGAACAAACUGCACCACGCAGUUUCCUCUAUUCGCAUUGCAAAUCACCUUCUGGUACCUCUGGCUCCACCCCUGCUCCACCUCCUUCCUCUACCCACAUCAUCUCUAACCCAGAAGAUAGAAAAUCUGAUGGAGCGGGACGCUCCUCCACUCCCUCCAGCUCCUCUUACUCAUCAUCUGCUUCCCAUCGCCUCCACAGCCAUAACUCAUUUAACUCGCACCGCCUCAUACAGUGUGACACCCUCGCCCGACGCCGACUAAAGGGAGACAAGGUCAAAGUGCCCUCUGUGGACCUCUCAGAACUCUCCAGCUCCUCCGUCACGGAAGGAGAGCAUCGACCAAAUGUGACUCAAGCACGGGGUUCCAUCCCUGAGUCCUCCCCUUCACCCUCUUUAUAUGUGAGAUCCAAAUCAUUCAAAGGGGUUAGUGCAAGAAAUGAGUGUACUCCAACAUCUGCAGCUGUGCCCGGAAGUAAGAGCUGCCCUAUGUCCCCUGGGCAAGGUUCCCUAGUGGACCAGGUACGGACUCGACUGCUGGGCUCAGCUGAUGACUUGCGCAGCAUUGAUCUGAGGAAGCAGCUCUCACCGGAGAUGCGAAGAAAGAGACGUGCAUGGAGGAGGCACACCGUAGUGGUCUCCCUCACAGAUUGUUCUGAAAAGACAGCUCCCCUUGCUGCCACAAACUCUACCAGCAACGAAAACCUCUCAAUGCUAUCACUCAAAACACUAGCGCCACCAACCCCUGCUGAAAGGCAGGACCUUAGAGAGCCCUGCGCAGAGAGCUCAGAAACCAAAGCCCUUACUGCAUGUCGGGCCCCGCCUACCUCUCGCUUCCAUGAUUUCUUGUAACAAUGACGAACGACUGUGUGUACUGGCUAGUGAACCAAGAGAGCUGGAUUUGGGCUUUGUUGCAGCAGUGUCCUCAAAGCAUGUUCUACUAGCUCAGUGUUUCUCAGUCCUGACUGGAGAACCCCAACUUUGAACAGUUGCAUAUCUCCCUAUAUAACCCACCUGAUUCAUCUCAUCAGCUCAUAAGUAGCGGCUCAAUGACCUCGGUGGGGUGUGUCAAAUAAGGUUGUGUGUCAAAUAGGGUUCUUCAGGACUAGUAUUGGGAAACACUAUACAAACUGCAUUCACAUUGACAGUGAUUAAAUCGUUAGAGGUAACCAAGUACAGUUGGUUGCUAGUAGGCAUUCCUACUCAACCAUAAUUCCCUACAAAGCCAAAUAUACACCAAAACUGAAAAUUACAAAAAUGGUCCAAAGUUCUUUGAUUGUCCAGCCAUAUGUGAAUUAUAAAUAGUCUUAACUCUGUUUUCUCUGAAUCUGAGCAUUUCUCUGAACCUUCAUAGUCUAAAGAGACCCCAUUUCAUUCACAACUCUGUUUUGACAAAAUGUGUAGUUACUACGUUUUGCCUUUGCAGGGCAAUAUAUCCAACUGUACCAGGAAGUGGAUCACAUCUGCUCCAUUGUCAGCACUCACAUUGGUAGUCGCUGCAUCAUUUCACUGCUAAUUUGCAUAUUGUUAGUUCUGCUCAAAUUUGUUGCAUCGCUCAUGUUGCCUCAAAGGCCAUCUCUUAUUGAAAAUUAUUGACUUAGUCACUUUGUCAACAAAUAUCGCUGUCAGUGUGAAUUCUCACUAAGUUAGAGUGUGAGAGUACAGAAUACAAACUAUUGUUUCUCAAGACUAGUUAAAGCCCUUGGUCAAAGUCUUAUUUACAAUGCUCUCACAUACUUUAUGGCAGAGGAGCUAUUCAGUGUUGCCAAAGUUUUCUCCAUCUUCUUUUUUUUUAAUACUUUUCCUUUCUUUGCUUGGCCAGUCACAUGACAUCAGUUUUCUAAUUUAUUAUAAUGACAGACAAACAGACAACCGAAUUCUCCAAACGUUACCGGUACAGUAUUGGUUAAACAGUGUUAAACAGGAACAGGCUUGAUAGUGACAGUAUAGCAGUUUAAACACAGGCCACUGACCUUGUGCAUAAAUCUACUAGUAACUUUUGUGCUACAUUUAGAACCAUAAGAGGCAAUGUGAUAUGUUUAACUUCCCACAUAUUAAUUUACAUUGAGUAACAACUCAUUGGUGAAAUCAUUUCAUAUGUGUGUUGUCUGAAAUUGCCUCACAGUAUGUGAUUAAGUAUGUGUGUCAAACUAUUUUGUAAUAUUUGUACAAAGCCUUGCUUAAGUUAACCUUGUAAAUACAUAUAUUAUAUUAUAAUUUCUUUUUUUUUUUUUCUUUAGUUUUAUAUAGUUUAAAAAAGUGCACUUAGUGCACGGUUAUUUUCUUUCAAGAUGUUACUUGAAAUGUUUCUCCUUAAUGUUUUUGUUUGUUUGUUUUAUACACAGUAUAUAUUAUGCAUAUAUUUUGUAUGAAUAUAAUAACGUUUAUUUGGAAAUCUUGGGGUGUGCCUCCUUUAUCUCCACUCCCAUGUUAAUGGCCUUUCUCUGUGACUUACAAAUACUAUGCAGAAAUCUAGACACCUCAGUGCAAAGAAAAGAGAUCUAACCUGCAAAGACUGUCUGUCACAAGCUAUAAUAAAUUCUUAUUGC